AUAAAGUCAUGCAAGCUAUAAAGACGCUUUGGUUUUAUUGAUUGUGCGCGUCGGGGCAAACUGUUAUAAUAUGUAAUAUUAUGUACAUAUUUCUAUAUUAUGUAAUGAAGGAUUAUUUAUUAAACAACCCACACGGACGCACCCCAAACUUUUAAAAGCUGAGCGUCUCCCUGUCGCAGCAAUGGGGUUGGAUUUCGACCCUUCAGCGUAUUUGAAAAGUUUGAAGCAUACCAAGGCAAAGGCGCCAUUUAAAUGCCCUGUUGACUCGUGUGACAAGGCGUACAGAAGUAUAAUCGGCAUAGAACACCAUUUGACUAAAUUUCACACGAGAAAUCACCAGCCGCAAGCAGAUACCCCUAAAACUAUUGGCACUCCAGCAGUCAUGAAUAGCAGUCGCAAAAAGAACCGGGCAUCAACCCAUAACAAGCAGUCCUCUGCAAAUAAAGGCAAAAGUUCUGCUCCUGAGGGGCUGACUUACGCUGAAGCCCAGAGAAUGGUUGAAUUUGACACUGGUAAUGGCAAGUCUCAGCGCUUAAGUAUCUUCGAACCAAUUGAAGUUGUCUCACUGGAAAGCUACCAAGCCACAGUACCUCCAGGUGGCAGUCUCGAUGACAUCUUGGCCCCAGUGGAACCCGGUCGUAGAACUCAGUACCAACCAGAAACAGCUGAGCCAUUCACCCCAAUUAGAGGAGUAACCUCUGUACCCAUCAGCAAACUUCCUGAGCCUAGCUUUAGAAUACUUGAAGAUUACAAAAUCCCAGAUGCCGCUCCGCUUCCAAAUUCAUACAUUCGUUUUAUUGAAAAAUCGCCUGAUGAACUGGACGCGGAAGUUGAGUAUGACGCAGAUGAGGAGGACGGAGCGUGGCUGAGUUUCAUGAACGACAAACGUAAAACAGAGAACCUUGCACCGGUCAGCAUUGAGCAGUUUGAGCUGCUGAUGGACCGAUUGGAGAAAGAGUCCUACUUCCAAAUGUCCACCAGUGGACAAGAGGCGGCUCUGAUAGACGACGACGCCGUCUGCUGCAUCUGCAUGGAUGGAGAGUGUCAAAACUCCAAUGUGAUUCUAUUCUGCGACAUGUGCAACCUGGCUGUGCACCAGGAUUGCUACGGCGUCCCAUACAUACCUGAAGGGCAGUGGUUGUGUCGCCGCUGUCUGCAGAGCCCUUCCAGAGCGGUAGAGUGCGUUCUCUGCCCCAACCAGGGCGGCGCCUUCAAGCAGACGGACAAUAACAACUGGGCCCACGUCGUCUGUGCUCUCUGGAUUCCUGAGGUCAGGUUCGCCAAUACUGUCUUCUUGGAACCGAUAGACUCGAUAGAGACCAUCCCACCUGCUCGCUGGAAGCUCACUUGCUAUAUUUGCAAACAGAGAGGGGUUGGCGCUUGCAUCCAGUGCCACAAAAACAACUGUUAUUCAGCGUUUCAUGUUACCUGUGCUCAGCAAGCUGGUCUUCACAUGAAAAUGGACACAGUGCGAGAUGAUGGUGCGACCACUGGCGAGCCUUCUGUACUGGUUCAAAAAAUUGCCUAUUGCGACACUCAUACUCCUGCAGACGCUGAAACGCGUCCAAGGUUAAACAGGAAAGAGAAAACUUUUGACUUCAAAGAAGACGCCAGGGAAAAAAUGAAACAAGCUCGGAAAUUGCUUGCCAAGAAGAGGACUUCUGUCCCCAUAAUAUCAAUCCCAACCAUUCCUGCAGAAAAGAUUCAAGAAAUUGCUUCUCUCAUCACGGUGGUGCGCCGAAAUCAGUUUAUCCAGCGACUCAUUGCCUACUGGACGCUGAAAAGGCAGUAUCGGAACGGCGUACCGCUUCUACGACGUCUCCAAACAUCCAACUCAUCUCAUCCAUCAAGAAAAAUGGAAUCAGCCUCUGCCCCUGACCAAGAAGCGAUCACACGCAAAUCAACAAAAAAGACUAGCAUGAAGAAAGAUAUUGAAAAUCAGGAGCGGUCGUUGGCGGAACAACUCAAGUACUGGCAGCAUCUCCGCCAGGACUUAGAGAGAGCUCGACUCCUCUGUGAGUUGGUCAGGAAAAGAGAGAAAGUCAAGAAAGAGUUGGUGAAAAUCACUGAGCAAUGCGUGAUGCUUGAUCUGCUGCCGAUGGCACAUUUCUUGGGAAAAGUGCUAGACCAACUAAUUAGUAAAGAUCAAGGAGAAAUUUUCAAAGAACCAGUCGACAUCAAUGAGGUGCCUGACUACACUACAGUCGUGAAAAAUCCAAUGGAUUUUUCAACCAUGCGACAAAAGCUGGACGACCAGGUUUACAACAAUCUUGAUGAACUCGAGAAGGACUUCAACUUGAUGCUGUUUAACUGCAUGGCGUACAACUCCAAGGACACAGUAUUUUAUCGCGCCGCAGUGAAAAUGAGAGACAUGGGUGGAGCAAUCUUGCGUCAGGCCCGACGUGACCAAGCGGCCAUAGGAUUUGACACGAAAACCGGUCUUUUGUUGAAAGAGAAACCAAGCACCAAAGGAAAAAACACGACCAAUGAGCAAACUGCUGCCGAAAUCGAUGAAUUCCUCCAAGACGAGUCACGCAAGUCUCUGCCUUUGAGUGAACAACUAACCAAAUUGUUGAACGUAUUGGAUGUGGCCCAAGGCCUAAGGCAUGGCAUGACAAGAGCCAAAAGAACAAGAUCCGUCAAGAUUGAAAUUGCUUCAGUGAGAAGAAAGAUCGCUAUGGAGCAAAGUGGAACGCCAGCAAGAAGGAAGUCCAAUGCAAAAUCACAAUCGUCUAAGAAAGAUGAUGAUUCUGAAGGUGAUAAGUCAAACAGUUCCAAUGAUGAGGGCUCGUCUGAAAAAUCAUCCAGUCAAUCAGAAGAUUCUGAUGGAGACAAAAAUGUGAGAAAUCUGGAAGAGGAAGAAGCUGGCGAAUCUACAUACAAAACCCGAAGAAGGAACAGCGUUGAAAAAACCGCCACCAGGCCAAUGAGGAGCGUGCGCAAUAAAACUCCACCAGCAGCUCCAAAGAGGCGAGAAUCAACCGCGUCGGUCAGCGCCUCGGAAACCAAAAGAGUAGCCAGGAAAAGGUCUCCAAGCAAGCGUCUUGAAGAUGCACCACCGUCUCCCAAAAGGCGGGCCAGUCAGGAUGUGGGAAAGGAGGCUAACAAGGAGACUGUUAAAGAGCCUUUAGCAGAGGUCCAGACAGCCACGCCAGUCAAGAAGACGACAAUCUCGCCGCUCCCCUCCACCUCUCCUCAGACGGGCUCUCCUUCUGGUGUUAACAGGAGGACUGCAGUCUUGUUCACCAGAAAAGCGGCUGCUGCCGCGUUUAGGAAACCUGAGGCUCCACCAACCACUACAAAGCGACGAGUAGGAAGACCAAGAAAGAAUCUGGACUCCUCAUUGGGCGUGACUGGAAGCUCAUCCAAGAUGUCAAGUGGUGAUGACCCUAUUCUGGAGGCAAAGAAUGUCCCCAGCAGUGAGAGCUUUAGAGUGUACCGAUCUGGUGGAGACAUUCCCGCUGGGUCUGAUGAGAGUGAAAACGAUUCGGAAGGCAGCAGCAGUGCUGUUGACGACAGCUCCUCAAGCAGCGAUGAUGACGCUUCUUCUCAGCAGGAUGGGGACUCGGACAGCGAUGAUAGCCAGAGCAGCAACGAUGCAGCUUCCAAUGAGAAGGAGGCAGCUUCAGACGAGACUUCUGAUGAUGAAGCUAUGUCAAGAGGAGACGGCAACCUAGAGCCACUUGAUUUGGUUUGGGCGAAAUGCCGAGGCUAUCCAUGGUACCCUGCCUUGAUUAUUGACCCUGACAUGCCAAAAUCUGGCAUUAUCCACAAAGGUAUGCCAAUUCCUGCCCCUCCUUCAGACGUGUUGGCUUUGGCGUCAAAUUAUACAGACACAGUUUACCUGGUUUUGUUCUUUGAUACAAAGAGAACAUGGCAAUGGCUGCCCAGAAAUAAGAUUGACCAGUUUUUGGGUAGAGCAGAUCAGGACCAAGAAAGAUUGUUUGAGUCCAAGAAGCCUGCCGAACGGAAAGCAGUGAAGAAAGCAUAUCAAGAGGCGAUACUCUUCAAGCAAGUAACUGGUCAGCUGCAGAAGAACCUAGAGCAACGAAAGAAAAAAGAAAGCAAAGAUGAUGCUGACUCUUCCAAUUCUGAUAGUUUAGCUGAAGAGGAUUAAUGUUUUAAUUUGUCAUGGACUUGAAUUUACCCCUCUCCCUACGCAAUUUUAACUACCUGAAACUUUGCUUUAAUUUGACUAAACAGUGUGGAAGACAGGGUUAACAACCUGAGAUGUGUUGGAUUGGCUUAAUUUGCCAUGGAUUGUUAGAGCAGAGCUUAAGCUCUUUGAUUCUGGUGGCAGAGGUGAAAUCUGAUCAUAAUUUUAUGAGUCUCUUUAUUUGUUAAAAUGGGCUUGAUUUAUGUUCUACUUCAUAGUUAUCUAUUAUUCACUGUAUUUUCUGUUCCAUAUUAUUCAACUACAAGUUUUUCAUAUAUUUUUGCACACUUAAUUUUAUGUACAUUCAACUAUGCCGCAUUAUGUUAUGGAAGCUGUGAAAUAAAUUUUCAAGUUAUACCAGCUUGUGCUCAGA